AUGGGAUCACUUGUUGGACAUGUUUUACCAGGUUUUGCCUUCUUAGCACUCGGCUUAUGGCACUUAUUCAACAACAUCAAACUCUUCUGUCUCCAUCCAAACACCUUCACUUCAUCUCUAUGGUUUCCAACUUCCAAACUCAGACACUUAGAGCUCUACUUAAUCAUGUUCUCUUCAUCAGCUUCCAUAUCAAUGGAGCUCUUCAUCGGACCUAGACGACACCAUCCCUUUGACUCCGACGGCACCAUCCCAUCGAACCACCUCCGCAACUUCGAACAUUCUUCCAUCUCCAUGUCCUUCUUGGUUUACGCUGUUUUAUCAUUAGUCCUCGAUCGUGCACGGCCUAGAGCCGCUGCUUCUGAGGGGUUAAACAUGUUAGCUGCGGCCGCUGCCUUCACUCAGGAGCUACUGACCUUCCAUUUUCACUCUACUGACCACAUGGGCGUUGAGGGACAAUAUCAUUUGAUUCUACAACUCAUUAUCUUUGUCUCUCUCCUAACCACUCUCAUGGGUAUUGCCUUUCCCAGGAGUUUUUUGGUGAGCUUUGUGAGGUCUUCAAGCAUAGGUUUUCAAGGAGCGUGGUUCAUAGUGAUGGGUUACAUGCUUUACACACCGAGUUUGAUCCCUAAGGGAUGUUUUAUUCACGAUGAAGGAAGACACCUAGAGGUUAAGUGUUCCACCGAAGAAGCUCUUCAUAGAGCUAAAUCGUUGAUCAACAUCGAAUUCAGUUGGUUAUUCGUUAUCAACACAAUAUUUGUUGUGAUGCUAUAUCUGAUUCUCGAUCGUGUUUACGGUGAAAACAUAGAGUACUCUACUAUAAACAUCAAAGAGCAAAUAAAAGAAAUUGGUGAAGGAAAACAAGACAUCGAGUCGUCAAAGAAAAUGAAUUAUUCUACUUUUAUCCAAAUGGGUAAACUUCUUGGCCAUCAAGACAAAAUGUGA